AUGCUUUUUAAGGUUGACUUUGAAAAGGAAUUUGACUCAAUAAAUUGGGGUUUCUUGGACUCGGUGCUUUCCCAAAUAGGCUUCCCGGGUUUAUGGCGAAAAUGGGUAAUGGACAUUUUAUCUUCGGCAAGAAUGUCCAUACUAGUCAAUGGGUCACCAACUUUGGAAUUCAAUGUUCAAAUGGGGGUGCGUCAAGGUGACCCGUUGUCUCCUCUACUUUUCAGCAUAGGUAUGGAAGCUCUUCAUGUGGCUACAGGGAGUGCUUUAGAUUCGGGAAUCUACAAAGGCGUAAAGGUAUCGAUUACGGGUCUGACAAUCUCUCAACUUCUUUAUGCGGAUGACGUUCUUUUUAUGGGCGAAUGGACCGAGUCGAACUUUCAUAAUCUAGCAAGAAUGUUGAGAUGUUUUCACUUGUCAUUGGGUCUCAAGGUAAAUUUCUCAAAAGUCAACUUUAUGGUGUGGGUGUAG